UGAUUUUGUGUGCCUGUUUUGAACAACAUCUCAACGGUAACUUUCAGUAGCAAAUGACAAUUGCGUUUUGACAUAAUAAUGGUUUCGCCCAAAUGGGACUCAGUACCAAUUGUCUUUAUCGAAUGGAAUGUGCCGUCGCUGUAUUGAUGUUGACGCGAGUCAACCGAAUCGCUCUUGAUCGUGGUUGUGAGGGGUAAGGAGUCUCACAAAUGUCAUGUAAUAUCGGCGUGUUUUGUUUUAAAUGUUAUAAAUCGGCUAUUCGUUCGAUUAUUGGACACAAUACCAUAAACUAUACAUGGGUAGGCCAACGAUUACACUUUUAUAAUACGGAAUAUAAGUAACUAUAAGGGAUGGACAGGUCGUCUGAAGUGAUGUGCUGUGGAAUGCAUUAUACAGUGAAAGAGGACCUGAUGAAAUAUGGUUAAAUAACAGGAUACACGAUAUAGCAAUCAUUUCACCCUUAAAAUAUUUUCUCACCAAGUGAACACGAUGAACAUCAAUAACUGUGCUAAAUGCGGGAAACCUGUAUAUUUUGCCGAGAGAAAAACAUCUUUAGGUGUCCACUGGCAUCCAACCUGUUUACGAUGUGAAGAGUGUAAAAGAGUUCUAACUCCUGGUAAACAUGCUGAGCAUAAAGGUCUACCAUACUGUCAUAAUCCAUGUUACAUGGUCCUGUAUGGUCCAAAGCUUGUGGGAUACGGUUCCAAUAUAUCAUCUCCUGCGAACUUUCAAAGAAAUAGAAAUGGUGUAACAAUAUCAGAUGAUUUGGACAUGUUAAAAACCGAAAUAUUUAGUUUCCCAUCAACAAAAGAAAACGGAACAACAGUACAUUCAAAAGUUGCAAGUUCAAAACUUCAAAGACAUUCCUCACCCAUACAUUCACCACCAGAAAGAGAAGACAGUAUUCCUACAAGAGAAAUAUUUGAUUUUGCUACAAUUAGAACUAAACGAUCGCUAUCUCAUCAUGAGGCCUCUUCAAGUAAAGAUGAGGAAAAACCCGAAAAGAAACCUGUGACAGAUGCCUAUGUACAAGAAAUGCAGGAUAAAGUAGAAGAAUAUAAUAGAUAUUAUAAAGGAAAAGUACGACAUCAGGUGACAACAGAAUUGAAAGAAGGAGAAUUGGUUAUAAAUGGUCCGUUAAGAAUUUACUGGGGUGUCGGGAACCCCAUUCGAUUAAAACAAUGUGAUGAUCUGCCUGCCACUCCAGUGGCUUCUUGGAGACACAGUUUAUACUACCCUAAAGAUUCAGUUAAAAUUGAUAAGCCAAUUCGACUGCUAUCCCCCACUCCUCAGUCCCCACCACCCAAAUCACCAACUCCAAGCACCAUGGACGACAAUUUUCUGUCUUCGACUUCUGAUGUCGUGGUUCGGAGAAUUCGAAAGUUUAAUACAGUAGCAUAUAGAGGAGACAGACCAAACAAAUGGAAGAGAGCAUCAAUUAAUGGUCAUAUAUAUAAUUAUGAUACGAGUGUAUUUACACCUGUAUUAGGUAGCUGUACAAGUGUCAUGGUAUCAAAUAAUAUGAGGACACCGGAUGUUGUUAGAACACUGCUAGAAAAAUUUAAGGUGGAAAAUCAACCCGAUGAGUAUGUAUUAACAGUUGUCUUAGAUACUGGAGAGGAAAAAUUAUUAAAAGACACAGAUUAUCCAUUAUUACACAGAUUAAACUUUGGUCCCGAUGAAAACCAGGCCAAGAUUUUUAUAAAAGAAGUUGGUCAUGUGCCAAAAGGAACAGUAGUUGAUAUGCCAAUAAUAGAAACCGAAGAAAGUGAGAACUUACCAGAAGAGGUUGAACAGCUAUUAAUAUUACCAGAGGCAGCUCUUAAAGGAAUUUUAGUUAAGUUUGAAAAAGAUGAAGAGAAAGAUAUUUAUAGAAUAAAACAAAAGUAUAGUAAAGCAAAAGAUAUCAUGCUUCGCCGAAUUAGUCGACAGAAAACAGCAUAGUAAAUAAUCAGUGCAAUCACAUUGUACCUGUAAGGAAAUCAUAAUUAAUAUAAGACUGUGUUAUCAACAGGUAACUUGUCUUAAUAGUUCAUUGUGCUCAAUAAUUCAUUAAAGGAAAGUAGUGAAUUAAAGUGUAAUCUUCCAGCUUCUUAAAAUCUGAACUACUUAAACGAAAUAUGGAUUGGAAACCAGUUUUUGUCUUAGUCUCAUCAUAUUAUAAUAAACGUUAACUUAAAGAUCAUAUCUAUUUGAUAUUACACACAAAAACAUCCCUGGAUUGCAUAAAAUCUAAACAAAUUAGAUGAUAAAACCAAUCCACACCAUGGAAUGAUGUCUUAUUUAAAACAGUAAUUGGGGGGUUCAGAAUAACAAAAUGUAUUCUUUUUCUAUAAUAAACUGUAUUGCCCUAUUUGUAUUUAAAUGAAUCAUUAUUGACAGACUAGAUUAACAUCAGAUACUGAUUACUGAUUUUGACUAUUAAUAUCAUCUUGACUUUUUUUUUUACAUGAUUAUUAAUAAGUGCAAUACUGUUAUUACUGAAUGAGUUUCAAUUUUAGAUGAUACUAUCAUAAUUUCUAUUUGACUGUUUGUGUACAUGUAUUACUUGUGAAUGUGUUUGGGGAAAAGAGAAAGGUAGUCUUUGCUGUGAUAGGCAUUCUUGAACACCAUUAGGGCUAGUUGGUCGCUCUUACUUUCUUUUCCUCUUUUUACCACUGUCACAGUUUGACUUGGUACUCUUUGUCUCAAGUUAGAAGUAAUAUAAAGGCAAUAAAAAAAAAAUUCUUGACUAUUAGAAAAUAGCUACCUUGUGAAAAGGAGGAAACUAAUAGAUAUGGUCAUGGAAUUGAUCAGUCAACAUUCAAGAAUUCUCAGCAAAACUAUCAACAGUUCCUUUGGAUGUAAGUGUAAUCCAUAAGAAUUAUUUGAGUUCAGAUACUUAGACAUUGGGUUCCGCCCCCCCCCCCCCCCCAAGACAAAGGAUGUAAAAUGUUUUGAUGAUUUAGUAUUGAAUCUACCUUUAAUACAUUUCAUUUAUCUAACAGAGAAUGGCAUAGAACUUUCAUUAUAUUUUAAUUGUAGUGUUCAGGUGUUGAAGCAAUUGAUGUGUUUGCUUUGAUUAUGUCUUCAAUAGUUAUCUCCCAUCGUAUACAUGUGAUCUAAAGUCACCAUUCUGGUGUCAAUGCAUGGAUUUAUAUUGCUCUUGUUAUUAAAGCUCAAAAGAUAUAGUUUGUGCAUGUGUUUACAUUUAUAAUCUUUUACUACAUAGCUCAUAUUAAUUAUUGAACAUAUCAUAAUUAGCAUUAAUUAAUAUUUUAUAAACUAGAUCUAAUUACUACCAGAGGAAAUCGUGGUAAUAUGCCUUAAAAUUAUGUAGAAACUUUAAAACAUAUGAUCAUUUAUGAAUUGUUCAAAUUAUGUCAGUUUUUGUAAUAUGAAAAAUUAUUUUGAGCUAGAGUAAAUUUGACUACCAAUAUUGUAUUUGUGAUAUUACUAUAUCAAAGACAUAGACAUGGAGUAAUUUGACUAUACAAUAAUGUAUUUGUGAUAUUACUGUAUGAGACAUAGACUAUUCUAUUUUAAUCUUAAUAUAUUGGAAUAUAUAUUAUCCAGAGAUAAGGUUGUGAAAUUCUAACACAGGCAUGAUGACAUGUUUCUGUUUGUGAUCUGAUAGAAGACAAAUGCAAUAUUUUUCUCUGCAUUUAUUAUAGUACAAAAAUCAUUUAGACCAGUGUUAUUUUACGAUAUUAAGCAAAUUGUCGACAAAAGAACUAUCUAUAAAAGUAUAAAUAUUACUAUAUUAUCCUUUAGAAUUUUGAUGAUUGUAAAACAUAGCUGGUUAUGUAUUGGCUACAGUAACUAAUUGUUAUUAUUGCAAUAUUUAAUAUGUUUUGUAUAAUUUUGUUUUUGUUAUGAAGUGGCAUAAUGUGCUAUUAAUAUGUAUUUUGUAUAUAUAAUAUAUUAUUAUAAUACAAGUUGUAUAAUGUGACUUGAUUUGUAUAUAGUCUUUCAUAUUCAUCAAUUACAACUUUGUUUUGAUUGACAUUUAUUUUUUUGUAUUUUUGCUUCGUCGAAAGGGACAUCAAUUAACAGAUUAAACCUAAAACAUUAUCUUAAUCUUAUUGCAAUCAAUACAACCAUAUUGUGAGUACUGGAAUUAUUAUAUACAGAAAUUACUCAUUUUGGAUUAAAGGUGUCAGUUUAGAUGAGAUAAAGGGUGUAUACAGUUGUCUCACUGAAGCUAAAGUUGUACAAUAAAUUUCAGUUUCAAAUUUAGAAGAAGACAGAAAAUAAGUACACAGCAUAAUGCAUUAGCUGAAGACUAAAUUUAGUGAAUUUGAAUUUUUCAGUUCUAGCUUAAUGAUUAAUGGUAUUUAGAACAAUUAUUUUCUGUCUUCUUCUAAAUUUGAAACGGAAUUUAUGUGAUUAUGUGGCUUCUAUAUGUGUGCAUUAUUCGUAACCAUGUUUGGAAAUUGGGUUUUGAAAAAUAAGCUAUUUUUCCGGCAUGCAAAAUGGCGGAUGGGUCAGAUCUAGUGUCAGUCAUUUUCCUUAGCCCUCAGUCUUGAUUGGCAUAUACAGCCAACAUGGAACCCAUACCGCAUACAGACGUCCCAAAGAUUUUUGAUUCAGUGAAAGUUUUAGUUACUUUCUGAAACAAUUGAUUUUCUGUUGAAUAAUUACAGACUGCUGUUGUAAUAAAAUAACCCACCAUUUUAGACAAAUAAUUUAUUUGGAUACUGUUUGCUUUAUUAUUAUAACUAGAUGUACAUUCCAGUAUCAAACCUUUCAUAUGAGUACUCUUUUUAUUUAAUCAGCGAUAGAGUAUUCAACACCAAAGAAAUAUACUUAAACAUGUACAUAAAAACUAGUAUUAAUCAUUUGGACGAUGUUACUAAUCUCUGAAAUCUGUUUGUACUAUAUUCAAUCUGUAAAGCAUGUAUACUCUAUCACAUGCACUUCACUGAGGGUUCUCUCCCACUUAAAAAAACAACAUAUGCACAUAAAAGAAAAUAGAUUUGCUUCUAUAUUUACCGAUGUUCCUGCUGAAUUACAUCCUUCUGAAUUUAUAACUGCAAUGUGUUUAGCAAGUGAAAUUAGCAUACAAAUCUGUAUUAGGGUGUCAUUUUAUUCACCAAAUUGUGCACUUUAUAGAAUGAUGAAUUUUACUAAAAUUUGGUGGUAAAUAUUGACAUGUCUUAUUCAGUUAAAUUUUACUAAAAUUUGGUGGUAAAUAUUAAGACUUAUUCAGUUAAAUAUGGAACAUGUACAUGUAUUACAAAAUAUUUUUUAAACAAAUGUAAUCUGUAAAGAUAGCUAAUUAAUGUUUGAAAAUCACAUUCUAUGAAGAUAUCUUUUUUUUUUUUUUAAAGUUAACAUUAUUUUCAUUAGACAUAAUUCUUAAUAGUUGCUGAUGUUGAAGAUGUUAAAGGUUUUUCAUGCUCAAAUGUCUUCUAUAUGUAUGGUUUAAUGGUCGAGAGCGAGACAUUGCGUAAUAUAUUGAUCAAUAUAUUACGCAAUGUCUUUAGCUCGAGACCAUCAAUAUAUUACGCAAUGUCUUUAGCUCGAGACCAUUAAACAACUUAAAAUACAGACGCUUCAAUGAAAUACGUCACGCGAGUCCAAUAUUUCAUCUAGUAUAGAUAAUGUAUGAUUGGCAAGUUGCUCGUACAUUAUUGGAAAUAAUGGUACGCCAACAUCGAAGGAUGAUGUCACAUCUGUAUUUUAAAGCAUGUUAAUAUGUCAUCCCCAUUUUCAAAACAAAGAAUUGAGACUCAUUAUAACUUUCGAUUUUAAUGAGUUAAAACCAAAAAUUCAUUAUUACUUACAGAAUUGUUUGUCUCCGUUUAAAUUGGCACAACCUCUUUUAUUUAGGUGCACGGCCAAAAUUUGAUAUAUCAUUAACUGAUUUUGUUGUCAACGAUCAGUCACAAAUGGAACUUAAAUUAGUAAACUCUUACAAACAGAAAGUAUACUUGUAAUUGUAUAGCCUGUUCCAUCAUUAAUAGAAAUUCCACAACACAAUUCAGCAUUUUAUUUUUGUUACCUAAAUCAAAGGGGUUUAGCUUCUGAUGUAAUUGUUCUCUGUAUUCAGUUGGAAAAACAGUUGAAAAUAAUAAUUAUAAAAGCCAGUGCAAGGCAAGGAUUAUUUGUGACUAACAUUUCUCAUUGUUGAUAAUCAGCAUUCACUACAGCAGUUUUUCAUCACAGAUUUCUUAUUGGUAAAAGUCUUCAGCAAUAAUAUGUUGUGGUCCAGUCACUUUAUGUUGCAAUAUAAGGGUUUAUCUUUAUACUGUUCUCAAGAUGUUGGCCUGCCACUGGUUAGAGUAUCAAACAAACUAGCACUGUUAUUAAAGUAUGGAUUCUAAAACAACAUGACCAUUUUGGGGGGAUACAGUUGUGAUGGCAACACUCCCUUGAAAGAGUAAAAAAUGUUGGACAACUCAAUUAAAUUGGUGUAUCUACUGGAUCAUUAAAUGAUACAAGUAGAGAAGAGAUAAAUAUGAAAAUAGUGUAGUCCCUGCUCUGUUGGGCAGGAAUUACACUAUGUAUCAAUAUUGUAAGUGUGAUCUGAGUGCUGCACACGGACAAUGCAUUAACAUUGCAUAGAACUGUAUUUGUUGAAAUAUGGCUGACAAAUGAUCCUUGGUGUACACUGGACUUAAAUCUGCUGAUAUUAAUUUGAGCUUCCAGUUUAUUUUGUUUUAGUUUCAGUGAUAAUUAUUUUAGAAAUACCUGUGUGAUAUUGUAUGUUUUGUCAGUUUAUUCCCAUAGAAUAUUGGAGGAGUCCUGUUACCUUUAUAUACACCAUAUUAUCAUGUGAUAUGGUUUUGUCAAAUAGUAAUAUGAUAUUGUUUGAAUAAAUUCUUUUCUAUGGGAUAUUAACCUGAAUAAAUUUAUCAAAAUUUA